ACACACACACACACACACACACACUUCAAAGCUGGAGUUGCCUAUUAAACACGCUUCAUAUCUUCAAGUGUAUGGCCAGUGGAGUAUUGCUCUCCUCCGAUGUUUCUCAUGUAGGCUCUACUCUCUUGUUUUGCAAGUUUCAGGUGACAUAAUGAGUUUUAGUGUUUGAACAAGCAUCAGUCCUCAAGAUCACACACAGUGAUGCUGCUGACAUUUUGAUUGAUCUGAGAUCUGUAAGCAUCACUCACCUUGAAGACAUUCACCAUGAUUGACCUGAGCUACCUGACAGAAGAAGAGCAGGAGAUGAUUUUGGCAGUGCUAAAGAGAGAUACAGAGCUAAAGAAGUUAGAAGAACAGAGGACCAGGCAGCUUUAUAAGACUGAGAAAGACAGGAGCAGGCUGAAGUAUUUGACUGGAGAGUGGUUUUACGAGACAAAGUAUCACAGACACAGAGAGAAGAUUCAUGGCUCUGACAUCAUCAGAGCAUCCAUGAGACAAAGGAAACCCGUGACGAUAUUGGAGCUCUCUCAAAGAUGGGAUGAGAGACCCAGUUUUCUGAAUAGUCAGAAAAAGGAUGUGUUUAUCCCUCCAGAGCUUUCAGGAAUUAUUGAGGAGCCAUCCACACAGUCACAGAAUGAGAGGGUUGAACAUCAGAUGCCAGAAGGCCAACAAGAAAGACAGAGACCUCAAAUCAAGCCCAGGCUGAAUCCAUUCAAUAUUGUGUGCUCGCAGAGAGAGACAUCCAGAAUUAGCAAUAGUGUGAAUGAGGCCAACCAGACACCUGCUGAGGAACCUCUCCCUUCAAAUGAGAGCUACACACCCCUUCACAGUAUCCUAAACACAGACAACACUGACACCCAUAUAGCCACUCAAUGCGCAGACAAACCUGUGCCCAAAAAGAGACUUCUGCUGUUCUCCUGUCAGAACUCCCUCCUGGACUUCGCCAGCAGUGACACUACUGUUAAACAGGCCAUGACGCCUAGCCCCAGAGGCAUCUUGAAGCACAGCAGCUCCAGUUGUAGCUACAUUGAAUCUCUGCGACUACACAUACCCAACAACAAUGACAGCAACAGCAGCCAGUCUUCUGCACCAGUCAGCCCCAUCAGCCCUCCUCUGUCCCCAUGCUCAGAGCACUCUGCCUCAAGUUGGUUAGACAGAAAACAGGUCCGCUUCUCUUCCAUCAUUCGUGCCAAAGAAAGAGAGCAAGGAGAGAACAGUGUGUUGGAUGAAGACUGCAGUGCUCUGUCUGACCAGGAUAGGGAGCUGGAUAGAAGCGAUAUAGUAAAAAAUGAUCGCCAUGAGCUUUAUGCUGAGCCUCAGUCCUCACAGGUGUCCAACUUCCACUGCUCUGCUGCGGUUAAAGGUAAGGUCAAUCCAUUGUGCACAGAGAGUCAGACUCAUACGGUAACAGAGGAAGAGGGUCGCUCAAUUUCUAAGGUGCUUGAGUGGUUUGUCCGAGGUUCUCAAGAUGCAAAGCAGAGAAAGCUGAAAGAAUUGCCAGCACAGAGCAAGAAGAACAAAGAGGAACCAGAGGAUCAUGGAACUUCAGAUGACAAAUCAGAAGAAUUGGCUUCUCCGGUUAUACAGCAAAAGACCAAGCCAUCUCCAAAGCCACGGCAGGUUUUUUUUGCAUUGUUUACAAGAGCAGAGAAAAAAGACAAGAGUCCUGAAGUUCUAGUAUCUGACAAAGAAGUAAUAAUUGAAGAUAAAACUGGAAUCUCAACUUCGGAAUGCAAAACACUUUGCACAAUGAGACCUCAAGCAGAUGACAGUAUAGCUUUGCAGGACUCUGUUCCUGCAUUAAGCAAGACAACAGAAAUAAUACAGGUUACCUCAAAAACAGAGGAUGACAAUAAAACAGCUAGACAUGUAUGUGCAGAUAUUCUUAAGAGAGAGAUGCUUGACCAAGGCGAGAUAUCACCAGGAAGACUGGCCGACCUGAAGUCAUUCUGGGAAAGGGGGAACAGAGGACCAAGAAUAUUGAGCAUCAAAACAGGAGCUGGAAUAGAAGAAAACGAAACCUAUCUGCUUAAUGAAAAUGAUCAUGACACUUUGGACAGAAGGUUACCAGAUUCAAACAUCAGCCCAUCAAAGUUCAAACCCAUUUUAAAGACCACUGAAUAUCCAAUUGAUGGAGAAUCAACAACACAUGAGUUUUCUCUGGUAUCACGAUAUGGUGUCGACAUGUCUGCCAUAUCCUUAAAUAAAGAUGUAAAACCUUCUAAUUUGGACAGCAGUAAGGAGUCAGAAGGCUUAAGUAGUGGACUACACACACUCAUGGUCAAGAGUGAUGUCAGACUGAUGUCAUCCAGUUUACAACUAAGAGAUAAUUCUCUUCAAAACAAGGGGCAAGAAGAGCCUCUCCCUGAGUCACUGUUGAGGAAUAUAUCUGACCUGAAGAAGGAAAUCUCCACUCUCAAAAUGUCCCCCAGUCAACAGGAUAAUAAAGUCUCAAUCAAUGAUCUCAAGUCAUUUUGGGAAAAAGAAAAAAGUGGCCUUCGAGUUAUUGUAGGUUCACCAACAUGUACACCUGAUGUUGAAGACCCAUUUACGACGUUGUCUCCUAAACGUUCUUCCAUAGGGUCAACUAGUCCAGUUUUAACAAGCUGCCUAGACAAAAUGAGUUUGUCUUUAAACAAAGAGGUUAGUUUGAUUGUGCAAAAAGAGAAGAUGGAAAAAAGUCAGGGUCCAACAAAAGAGCCAAUACAAGACCAUCAAGGUAUCAGAGGUAGGAUAACUAACAUUGCCCAGAACACUUCUAAUUGCAAACCACAGUUGAUUUCAGAUAAACAUUUGAAGCCAAGUCCACCAUCAUCUUCCCUCAGAAGUCUCCCAGAAAAAGGUCAACAUGAUACAAAACAGUCCACUAAUAUUUACCAGCCAAAAGAUCAAGAUCAGACCAGAACACCCAGCCCCUUACGACAGCCUAAAAUACCUCCCAAGGACUCUUAUCCAAACAAAGAGUCCAGGAAGGAGGAUUCUCCCUUAAGAACCUUUGUUAUAGAUAUUAGUCCUCCCGGCAGGAGUCCAUACAAUGAUAAGGUUAAAACUCAUGAAGAAAUGCCUUCAUAUUCGUUAAAUAUUGUCACUGAGAAAAUGGGUAACAUUAAUUGUUCUGAAGGGUAUCACAUGCCCCUUUCCCAAGACAGUUCAAAGCAAUGUGUCAUCCCAAAAGACGGCAGUACAUUCUACUCCAAAACUGGUCACUCACAGGUAUCAGCCUCAGAACUGAAUUAUACAUCUCCUGAACACCUUGGGAAGACCUUGGAUGGAGACAUUGAUAUAAGACCCAUCAUGCCCAAAGAACGAAAGUUCUCAGCAGAAUCUCUGACAAAUUCUCGUCUAGCCAGGUCUUAUAUUCCCCUGAGUUUACACCAUUACCUGAGCGUACCCGAGCAGGCCGUCUUAGAUGAAAGAGAAAGGCUGGGUCAGGUUGAGGUGCAGAUAGGUGAGGUUUUUGAACAGGGGAACCAAGGCAGUGUAAGCAAUCAGAGCUCCCCCUCUCGGCGCUCCCAGUCUGAAUCAGAGGAGAUCACCUUUGACUCCUCGGGGAGCUCCACACUUGAAGCUUGGUCAUUCUCACGCACCAGUUCAGCCUGUGACAGUGAGGAAGCCAGCCCUGUCAGAACUGCUCUGGAGCAUGCCAAUGCCAGACCUCUUUCUAUUUCAAAGAGUCUAGAGGACCUGGCAUCUCCACCUUCACUGUCUGCAGUCACUACCAACACCAAAACAUCGUUCUCAGACCCUGAGCAGGUGAAGAUUAUGAGUAUGUCUGUGCCUGCAUUUAUGCAACAAGAGAUGGAUUGGAGAAACGGUGAGAGAAGCUUCCACUAUGACACACUGAGAGCAUGCAACACUCCGUCUAAUUUUAGCAUGUGCUCUGAAGUGGCCUCCAUGUCCUCUGUCACUGGCAGUAUAUUGAGUAUCUGCAGUAGUGAGUUUGGCAGUGUGGAGGUCAAAGGCACCAUCCAGUUCACCAUUCACUAUUCGCAAAAACUGGGAGAGUUCCACAUCUUCAUUGUGCAGUGCAAAGACCUUGCAGUGGCAGAUCCUAAGAGGAAGCGGUCUGACCCGUAUGUUAAAUGUUACUUGUUACCAGACAAAGCAAAAUACGGAAAGAGAAAAACAUGUGUGAGGAAGAAGACUCAGAAUCCAACUUACAAUGAAAUCCUAAGGUUUAAGAUUCCAAUGGAGUCUUUGAAAACACAGAAGCUGAACCUCUCUGUGUGGCACAAUGACACUUUUGGCCGUAACAGCUUUCUUGGAGAGGCAGAGAUCGAUCUGGUGGAAUGGGACUUUAAUAACAUGCAGAUGAAUGAAUAUCAGCUGAAAGGAAGGGUUCAGGUUCCUUCCAGCCCUAAACAUUCUGCUGGUGGCGAAGAGAUGAGAGCAGAGAUGAGAAUCGCUCUACGUUUUCUUCCACAGACUUCACACAGUCACAAGAACAAGGCGAAUGGUGAGGUACAAAUCUGGGUGAAAGAGUGCAAGAAUCUACCCAUUUCCAGAGGUGUUUCCAUUGACCCUUUUGUCAAAUGCGCUGUCCUCCCAGAUAAUAGCCGAAAAAGCCAACAGAAGACCAGAGUGUUGAAGAGGGCUUCUAACCCAGUGUUUAAUCACACCAUGGUAUAUGAUGGCUUCAGGCCAGAGGACCUCAAAGAGGCCUGUGUGGAGCUCACUGUGUGGGAUCACGACCGAUUUAACCACUUCAUUGGGGGUGUUAGGCUUGGUCCUGGGACAGGUAAAAGUUACGGUGCUGAUGUGGACUGGAUGGACUCUAACAGUGCUGAAGCAGCUCUGUGGGACAGAAUGAUGCAAUCUCAGAAUGAAUGGGUGGAAGACAUAUUACCUUUGAGAAUGCUGGUCAUGGCAAGAAUGUCUAGAUAGAAACUGAGGCACUGCAAGACCAAAAUGUAUAUGAACUGAAGAAUAUGCAAGAUGAAUGAACUGGAUCAAUAACUUGUGUUGUGAUUAUGUAAUAUUCAAUGUAUUCAACUAACUGGACGGGCUUUUGACAUUUUGGAGAACGAGAACAAAGAGAAUGCAAAACAUUUUAUGCCUUUUAAGUAUGUUGGUUUCUUGUCUUCCAUAAAACUACAUAAAAUCUGUUAAUAUGCUGAAAAUAUGAAUGUAAUAAUUUGAUUAUCAGUGAAUUAUCUUGAAGGAUUAUCCUAAGACACUGUGUAAAAUGCAUACUAUUAAUAAACUUUCAACUGUCCAGUU